CGGGGCUGCGAGGGGCUACAGACGGACCGACGAACUCCGCGGGAAUGGGGGGUGUGGCUGCUUGGCCAGCGUCCUGUGGGUGGGAGAGCGGCUCGGCGACCACCGGUGGCCAGACCCCCGCCGCUUUCUGCUAGAGAUGCUCUUCCUCUCGUUUCAUGCAGGCUCCUGGGAAAGCUGGUGCUGCUGCUGCCUGAUUCCCGCCGACAGACCUUGGGACCGGGGCCGGCGCUGGCAGCUGGAGAUGGCGGACACCAGAUCCGUGCACGAAACCAGGUUUGAGGCGGCCGUGAAGGUGAUCCAGAGUUUGCCGAAAAAUGGAUCAUUCCAGCCCACAAAUGAAAUGAUGCUCAAGUUUUAUAGCUUCUAUAAACAGGCAACUGAAGGGCCCUGUAAACUUUCAAGGCCCGGAUUUUGGGAUCCUAUUGGAAGAUAUAAAUGGGAUGCCUGGAGUUCACUGGGUGAUAUGACCAAAGAAGAAGCCAUGAUUGCAUAUGUUGAAGAAAUGAAAAAGAUUCUUGAAACUAUGCCAAUGACUGAGAAAGUUGAAGAACUGCUGAACGUCAUAGGUCCAUUUUAUGAAAUUGUAGAAGAUAAAAAAAGUGGCAGGAGUUCCGAUUUAACCUCAGAUCUUGGUAAUGUUCUAACUUCUACUCCAAAUGCCAAAACUGUUAAUGGCAAAGCUGAAAGCAGUGAUAGUGGAGCUGAGUCUGAGGAAGAUGAGGCCCAAGAAGUAGUAAAAGAAGUAAAACAAAGUGAUAAUCAUAAGAAAAUGAUGAAGAAAUCAGCAGACCACAAGAAUUUGGAACUCACUGUCACUAAUGGCUAUGAUAAAGACAGCUUUGUUCAGGAUAUACAGAAUGACGUUCAUAUUGAUUCUUCCUCGAAUGACAGAAAUGCUGAAGAAGUAAAAUCUAUAGAUCAAAACUUGGAACAAACUGGAAAAACUGUUGUCUGCAUUCACCAAGAUACAAAUGAUGAUCAUGUUGAAGAUGCUUCAGGAUUUCAGCAUUUGACAAGUGAUUCAGACAGUGAAGUCUACUGUGAUUCUAUGGAGCAAUUUGGACAAGAAGAGUCUUUAGACAGCUUUGCACCAAACAAUGGACCAUUUCAAUAUUACUUGGCUAGUCGUUCCAAUCAGCACUUGGAAAAUUCUCGUUUUCCUAAAGAUGUUCAAGUAUCUCCUGGAAAUGGCAACAUAGGGAAUAUGCAGAUGGUAGCAGUUGAAGGAAAAGGUGAAGUAAAGCAUGGAGGAGAAGAUGGCAGAAAUGACAGUGGAGCACCACACCAUGAGAAGCAAGGUGGAGAAAGUGAGGAGUUCUCUAAUGUUAGAAGAGGGAGAGGGCACAGAAUGCCACAUUUGAGUGAAGGAACCAAGGGUCGGCAAAUGGGAAGUGGAGGUGAUGGAGAACGUUGGGGCUCAGACAGAGGGUCAAGAGGCACCCUCAAUGAGCAGAUUGCUCUAGUGCUCAUGAGAUUGCAGGAGGACAUGCAGAACGUCCUUCAGAGACUUCAUAAACUGGAAACACUAACUGCUUCACAGGCAAAAUCAUCAACAUUGCAGACUAGUAAUCAGUCCUCUUCACAGAGACCAUCUUGGUGGCCCUUUGAGAUGUCUCCUGGUGCAUUAACUUUUGCUAUUAUAUGGCCUUUUAUUGCUCAGUGGUUGGUGCAUUUAUAUUAUCAAAGAAGAAGAAGAAAACUGAACUGAAGAAAAUGGUAUUUUACCCAAGAAGACUGCUGGACCUGGAUGACCUAAGAUUGAAAUGAAUUGUGGAAUUCACAGGAAAACCUUAGUUUGUGAUGAUUAGAUUUCUUUUUUGUUGUCCAGUAGUUUGGUUUGUGUACAUAAAUACUUAUAUAUUUUUUGCACUACACAAAUGAUAACAUUUUAAGGACUAAUAAUAUUGCUGAUACUUGAAUAAUCAAUCUCAACUAGGUUAAAGUAGCAUACAUAGAUCUUCUCUACUCUUGAACUUGAUGGACAUAAAUUAUAAUUAUUGUUUGGUAACAUGUUUACAUGAUUAUCUCCUGUAGAGAAAUAUAAGCUGCUUUUCCAAGAUUUAGUUGUGAUCAUGAGAUCAGAUUUGUAAGAAUGCAAACCAAGAGUGAAUUUCAAAUGAGGUUAAGUUGAUUUUACAUUGGUCACCGAAUUGCCAUGACAAUUAGUAGAAGAAUCUUCGUUAUGUUCACUUUGUAGACUGCACAUAGUCUUCUUGGACAUUCCUGACUCAGACUUGGUAUUCAGGUGUCGUUACUGAAAAUCAGAGCUCUUUAUCCUAGGCUUAGUUUUUGCAAAUGAUUCACAGAACAGAUGUAAUCUGCAUAUGGAAAUGAUAAAGAAUGGGCCUAAUAUAGGUUUAAAAGUAUAUUCUGAACCUGCAGAUGAAAAAUAAGACUUUAAUUCAAUCAUAUACUUUAUUCCUUUGUAAUCAUUCUUCUUUAAGUGAGGAUAUCUAAUGUUUGCUUCAUAGGGUGCUUUGAAAUAUAAAAUAAAAACUUAUUUAUACUGUUUUUACAAAGGUAAAAAAGGAAACAUCUGAAAAUCACUUUUCUGCAACUGGUGAACCACACUGACCGAACUCUUAACCUCUUAGUGCCUCAGUUUUUCCUUCGGGGUAUUAUAUGUGUAUGUACCUACUUCACAAGGGGUUGGAAGGAUUUGAAAGCUACAGGCCAUAUGCUUCUAUAUAUAUAAGGCAUGUAUGACUAAUGGAAAUUUAAGUCCCUUUGCCCCAUCCCUCAUCUUUAGAUAGAAAGGAAGAUCCUUAAAGACCAUAUUUGGAAAACCAUCCUUCUUGGAUAGCUUCCCCAACUCCCUGCUCACCUUAUUGUUCCUUGUGCUGUAACAAUUUCUUUGAUUUAAAGGCUUUAUAGCAAAUAAUUAAGCAUUCUUUUUUUUGUUUUUUUUUUUGUGGUACUGAGGCUUGAACUCGGCCUACACCUUGAGCUGCUCUACCAGCCUGUUU